GCAUGUUUCAUGCUGUUGCGAGCAACACGUCGUUAGGCAUUCCCCUGUACCUACUCCGUGCUGAGCUACCCUGCUGUAGAUUCUUGAGCUGACACACCGCCAGCGAAUUCAUGAAUCGUGAUAUCCCUCGCAUCAAAUAUGCCAACCCUCGCGUGACCAUCCACACUUGGCAAUUCACCAAAGAGCCCUACCCUCGAGACAGUAUCGACGCGUCCAAUGAUCCUCAAGCAGGUCUGCUGAAAGUUUCCAAACGUGCGAAAGAGAUGAAGAAGAAACGAGAGAAGGAGAGGCAAGCACAGCUCGAAGAGGAGGCUUUGGCUCGAUCGGAAGCGUUAUCGGAAGCUAUGAAGCGGCUGGGUCAGAGUCCACCUCAGGCCACAACUCGCGAGGCUAGAGCGACAACGGGACAAUCUUCGUCUUCAUCUUCAUCCUCUGAUCCGAUAUCGAGUACUUUGACCUCUUCCACAUCCUCCUCUUCUUCCUCCAACAACUCCCCCACGGCUCCGUCCACACCAUCUUCCGCCUCUUCUGCUUCCCCAUCUACCUCAACAUCAGACACAUCCUCAGAUCCUUCCUCCUCGUCCUCGUCCUCCGCCUCCGCCUCCUCGUCCUCCUCGUCCUCAUCAUCAUCACCAUCAUCAUCAACAACAACAACAACAACAACCACCUCCACCACCUCCCCCUCCGCCUCCUCCUCCAUGCUGAACCGCACCCAAACCGUCAAAUCGCCUAAAGAAUACACUGGGAUCCGUCCCGAUCCGCUGGAGCUGGAUAAUGGGGCUUGGAGACAGAGAUUCAGAGCGGCAAAAGAAAGACAAGAGUUGGAACCGACAGAAAUCGUCAUUGAGUAUGGUGAGUCGAGUUACCGAUACGGAUUCAGCGCGCGGGGCGGCGCGGCGACGCCCGGGUCUUCCUAUGCAAACGGUUCUUUACUUCCUCGCUGACGCUGACUGACCAUUACCACCGCCUAUCGCCAUGCCAGAUGCACGACCACCACGCACGAUCAAAUUCGCCGGAGAGGAUGGUCAUGAGCUCGUACAGCAGAUCCUUGAUAUCGUGCACGAUAAGCACGUCUUGGUCGAAGGGCAAUAAGAGUUGCGGGAGCCAAAAAAAAAAGGGUGGCGGGGCGUGUUCUGGAGUCGAGAGGAGAUGAGGCUAUCACAUGAAUGGACAGUCACACAGCUGGGAUCAGCUGCAUAGCAUUCAUUGCAUAGUUUUCACAGUCAUGAAUGUCACCAUGAACGCCCGGC